CAGUGCUCGGAAGGGGGCGGCCUCCUGCAGGAGGAGCGGGGCGUCGCGGUGCCCGGCCCAGAGGACCUUCGGUGAAUGAACGCCGAGCCGGAGGCGAGGAGCCAGAGCAGCGCGGGGGCGCGGGGUCGCUCCCAGCCGCCGCCGCCUGCGCUCAGCUUUGUUUCCUGACCACGUGGCUCAACUGGGGAAUACAGUCGAACUGGAACUCACUAGGAGUUUGGUCAUUUAAAGCAUGCUAACCUUUUUAAAGACAGUGAGGAGCUCAACAUAAACAGAGAACGGAGCACAGCAUGCCGCCACUUGGAGGGUGUUGAUUGAAAACUUGGAUCUCCCCCGACCCAUUCACGGUUGAUCUGACGGAUAUCUCACCACGUUCAGAGAGAAUAUUUCAAUUAAGGUCCCAUUAGAUGGAAUAUAAUAGAACAGAAGCCUCAAAAAGAUUAAUGCCUGAAUUAGAUUUUCUGCAAUAAAACAAAGAGCUGAGUGCUGAAGCCCAUAGACACCUCAAACCUGGAUUCCACAAAUCUGCAUUAAACUCUGGGAGUUUUUAGAGCUCUGCUGUAGGAAAGCCUUUGCCAAUGCUUACAAGGAACUGUCUAUCCCUGCUUCUCUGGGUCCUGUUUGAUGGAGGUCUCCUAACACCACUUCAACCACAGCCACCAAGGACUGCAGCCACAGAGCCAAGGGAAAAUGCUGUCCACCUGCCAGGUCAACGAUCCCAUUUCCAACGCGUUAAACGUGGCUGGGUAUGGAAUCAAUUUUUUGUGCUGGAAGAAUACAUGGGCUCCGAACCCCAGUAUGUGGGGAAGCUUCAUUCUGACUUAGACAAAGGAGAGGGCACCGUUAAAUACACCCUCUCGGGAGAUGGUGCCGGCACAGUUUUUACCAUUGAUGAAACCACAGGGGACAUUCAUGCCAUAAGGAGCCUGGACAGAGAAGAGAAACCUUUCUACACGCUUCGUGCUCAGGCUGUGGACAUAGAAACCAAGAAGCCCUUGGAACCUGAAUCAGAAUUUAUCAUCAAAGUGCAAGAUAUUAAUGAUAAUGAGCCAAAGUUUUUGGAUGGCCCUUACGUUGCAAGCGUUCCCGAGAUGUCUCCUGUCGGUGCCUAUGUGCUGCAGGUCAAGGCCACGGAUGCUGAUGACCCGACCUAUGGAAACAGCGCCAGAGUCGUUUACAGCAUCCUUCAGGGACAGCCUUAUUUCUCUAUCGAUCCCAAGACAGGUAUUAUUAGAACUGCUUUGCCAAACAUGGACAGAGAAGUCAAAGAACAAUACCAAGUACUCAUUCAAGCCAAGGAUAUGGGAGGACAGCUGGGAGGAUUAGCUGGAACCACAAUUGUCAACAUUACCCUCACUGAUGUCAAUGACAAUCCACCUCGAUUCCCCAAAAGCAUUUUCCACCUGAAAGUUCCUGAGUCAUCUCCUAUUGGUUCAGCAAUUGGAAGAAUAAGAGCAGUGGAUCCUGACUUUGGACAAAAUGCAGAAAUCGAGUAUAAUAUUGUUCCAGGAGAUGGUGGAAAUUUGUUUGACAUUGUCACAGAUGAGGAUACCCAAGAAGGAGUCAUCAAACUCAAAAAGCCUUUAGAUUUUGAAACCAAGAAGGCUUACACCUUCAAAGUGGAGGCCUCCAACCUCCACCUGGACCACCGGUUCCACUCCGCGGGCCCUUUCAAGGACACGGCCACGGUGAAGAUCAGCGUGCUGGACGUGGACGAGCCGCCCGUGUUCAGCAAGCCCCUGUACACCAUGGAGGUGUACGAGGACACUCCGGUGGGCACCGUCAUCGGCGCGGUGACCGCGCAGGACCUGGACGUGGGGAGCAGCGCGGUCAGGUACUUCAUAGAUUGGAAGAGAGACGGGGACAGCUCCUUCACAAUAGAUGGAACCGAAGGAACCAUCGCUACCAAUGAAUUACUAGACAGAGAAAGCACUGCGCAGUACAAUUUCUCCAUAAUUGCGAGGAAAGUUAGUAACCCAUUAUUAACCAGCAAAGUCAACGUACUGAUUAAUGUCCUAGAUGUCAAUGAAUUUCCACCAGAAAUAUCUGUGCCAUAUGAGACAGCGGUCUGUGAAAAUGCCAAACCAGGACAGAUCAUUCAGACAGUCAGUGCUGCAGACCGCGAUCUCUCACCCUCUGGGCAGCAGUUCUCCUUUAGAUUAUCACCGGAGGCUGCCAUCAAACCAAAUUUCACAGUCCGCGAUUUCAGGAACAACACAGCUGGAAUUGAAACCCGAAGAAACGGAUACAGUCGCAGGCAGCAAGAGUUGUAUUUCCUGCCUGUGGUAAUAGAAGACAGCAGUUACCCGGUCCAAAGCAGCACGAACACAAUGACUAUCAGAGUCUGCCGAUGCGACUCUGAUGGUACCAUUCUGUCCUGCAAUGUGGAAGCGAUUUUUCUACCUGUAGGACUUAGCACGGGGGCCUUGAUCGCAAUCCUUCUGUGCAUUGUUAUACUUUUAGCCAUAGUUGUGCUCUAUGUAGCUCUGCGAAGGCAGAAGAAGAAAGACACCCUGAUGACCUCUAAGGAAGACAUCAGAGACAAUGUCAUCCACUAUGAUGAUGAGGGUGGCGGGGAAGAGGACACCCAGGCCUUUGACAUCGGGGCUCUGCGAAAUCCAAAAGUGAUUGAAGAGAACAAAAUUCGCAGGGAUAUUAAACCAGACUCUCUCUGUUUACCACGUCAGAGGCCACCUGUGGAAGACAACACGGACAUAAGGGAUUUCAUCAAUCAAAGGCUGCAGGACAAUGAUGGGGACCCAACUGCACCACCCUAUGACUCCUUGGCCACAUAUGCCUAUGAGGGAAACGGGUCCACGGCAGAGUCGCUCAGCUCCAUAGACUCUCUCACCACAGACGCUGACCAGGACUACGACUACCUGGCUGACUGGGGACCCCGCUUCAAAGUCCUGGCAGACAUGUUUGGAGAAGAAGAGAGCUAUAACCCUGAUAAAGUCACUUAGGGGCGAGGUGAAGGCUGACACACCUGAGAGGAGACAUUUUAACAACAACAACAAAAAGAAAAUGACAAACAGAACUCACACACAUGUACACACACACACACACACACACACACACACACACACACAGGCUUCAUAGACAAGAUUCCUUUGAUUAUCUGGUUUCUAGCAAGUUCCUAUAAUUAUGUUGUCAGUUCCUCAGUUUUGGUUCAUUCUGCUGACACAAGAUAAAUCCUAUAACAUACAGUUGCUUUGUUUUGUUUUCUUAUUUCAGAAAUACACUGAGACAAGCUCAGGCCUAUUGUGUACAACUGACUGACAUGACAACCUAGAAUGAAGGUAACUCUGUGGCAUCGCAGUGGAAGAGUGUUAGAUUGUUCUUAAUUCCACUAAAGUGCCUAUUGAAACUCUUAUCAUUUAAAGUGGUGGACACUACCCUCCGCUGUGAUGGCGCCGCAGGAUUCAGAGACAAAGAGGAGCAAAACAAAGACACCCUCUCUGUGCCCAGGAGCAAUAGCAGCACGCUGACUCUUCCCAUUCCUUUCCGGAAAUAAACAAGAACUCUUCCAGAACUCUAUCUUUGUAUAAUUAAACGGCUUUUGUCUCCUAAACUGUAUGCCAAGACACGUUUGUUUUUCCUACACUUUCCAAAAAUGGAAAUAAAUGUGAUAAUAUCAAAUUCAGUAUGUAAGUAAUGGAUUCUAAAACAGUGGUUGAUCAUAGCAUUAGUUCAUGUUAAAGAUGCAAAUUAAUUAAACUAUUACUUUUUCCCAAAAACUACACAUUUACAAACAUAAAUAAACUAUCCCUCUUUAUAAAGAGAGGCCUCAGGGCUCAAAUUCCAAAUUAAAAUAAAUAAUGAUUUUGUUUAAUACUGAA